UCAUUGUAUUUUUUUGUAAAAAAAAUAGCUCUUAUCAAAAAGUAAAUGUAUUUAAUUAAUUAUUAUAUUUAAUUAUAUUAUUCAAUUUCAAAUAUUUGAUUGGAAAUAGACAUUUCCGACAUACUAGAAAAAAUUCAAACUUUAUCGGACUAACUGUUUAUAUUGAUCUACCAUAACAAAUCGAUUGAUGUUUAGUACUCUUAGCUAAAUUAAUGUUGUGAAUUAAUAAUUCGAUUUUAUUCGUGUUUUUUAUCAUUUUUGUCAAAAAUGUCCAUGCAUAUAAAUGAUUAUAUAUUCGAAACAUUGUUAGGACAGGGGUCUUUCGGAUCAGUUUACUUAGUACGACGAAAGAAAGACUCUAAACCAUUCGUAGUUAAGGAACAAAUUCUCGAUAAUGUAAACGCAUUACCUUUUAAGAACAUAUUAGAAGAAGUGAAAUGUUUGCACACUUUGAGACAUACUAAUAUAGUUGCUUACUAUGGAGCUUGGAUAGAAGACAAUCACAGUUACAUUCUUAUGGAAUAUGCAACUCGAGGCACUUUGAAAGAUUUGUUAGAAAACAACGAGACACCACUCAAAGAGGAAGAUGCGUUGUAUUUAUUCUCCCAAGUCGUUCUUGGAGUUCACCACAUCCAUUUCAAAAAGAUUCUUCACCGUGAUUUGAAACCGGAAAACAUCAUGCUAACCGGAAGUCGCGGUGACAUCGUAAAGAUCGGAGAUUUCGGUGUCUCGAAAAAUUUUAAAGAAUUAACGAAACCAUCAAUUAUAUGUCGCGCUGGAUCAUUUUGUUACAUGGCUCCAGAAAUGCUAACGGACCAAUCUUAUGAUUUCAAAUGCGAUAUAUGGAGCAUGGGCGUCAUUCUCUAUGAAAUGGUUUCAAAAAGACAUCCUUUUCCCGCUAUGAGUCUAGCAGAAAUCAUAAAAAUGAUUUGCGAAGAAAGACCACGGCCUCUUCCCCGAGGGACAUCAACGUCUGUUGUUAGCUUGAUAUCAAAAAUGUUGAGAAAAGACCCAUUUUGCCGGCCGAAAAUAGAUCAAUUGAUCCUCUGUCCUUACCUUGUAUCUUUCAUUAUUCGGAUAUAUUUAAAUUUAGGACGAGUUAUGAGUAUUACUAACAAGAAUAAUGGAAAUUUUAAUCCAGAAAUAUUUUUGAAAUUUUUAAAAUCUCAGUUUAAUGAAAUUGUACAGGGAACGGUUAUCGAACUCGGGCUCUCUGUACUAGGAUCAAAAGCGUAA